ACGGAUUCGCUCUGGGCCGGGCUCCUCUGGCUCCUCCCUACGCCGUGGUUCUCAUUUCCUGCUCCGGCCUGCUGGCCUUCAUCUUCCUCCUCCUCACCUGUCUGUGCUGCAAAAGGGGCGAUGUUGGCUUCAAGGAGUUUGAGAACCCCGAAGGGGAGGACUGCUCCGGGGAGUACACCCCCCCUGCGGAGGAGACCUCCUCCUCACAGUCGCUGCCUGAUGUCUACAUCCUCCCGCUGGCUGAGGUCUCCCUGCCGAUGCCUGCCCCGCAGCCCUCACACUCAGACAUGACCACCCCGCUGGGCCUCAGCCGCCAGCACCUCAGCUACCUGCAGGAGAUCGGGAGCGGCUGGUUCGGGAAGGUGAUCCUGGGAGAGAUUUUCUCCGACUACACUCCGGCCCAGGUGGUAGUGAAGGAGCUCCGAGCCAGCGCGGGGCCCCUGGAGCAGCGCAAGUUCAUCUCGGAAGCCCAGCCCUAUAGGAGCCUGCAGCACCCCAACGUUCUCCAAUGUCUGGGGCUCUGUGUGGAGACGCUGCCCUUUCUGCUGAUUAUGGAGUUCUGCCAACUGGGGGACCUGAAGCGUUACCUCCGAGCCCAGAGGCCCCCCGAGGGCCUGUCCCCGGAGCUCCCCCCUCGAGACCUGCGAACACUGCAGAGGAUGGGCCUGGAGAUCGCCCGCGGACUGGCACAUCUGCAUUCCCACAACUACGUGCACAGCGACCUGGCCCUGCGCAACUGCCUGCUGACCUCCGACCUGACCGUGCGCAUCGGAGACUACGGGCUCGCCCACAGCAACUACAAGUCUCUUGGCCUCUGUCCCCUCUCCCUGGGCCUCUGUCCCCCUCUCCCCCUGGGCCUCUGUCCCCGGUCCCUGGGGGUGACCCUGUGGGAGCUGUUUGAGUUCGGGGCGCAGCCCUACCGUCACCUGUCGGACGAGGAGGUCCUGGCCUUCGUCGUGCGCCAGCAGCACGUGAAGCUGGCCCGGCCCCGGCUCAAGCUGCCCUACGCCGACUACUGUUACCUCUGCUUCUCUGCCCUCCCCUAUCACCCUCUCUCUGAGUCUGUCUUCCUCUCUUUCUCUGGCGGUGAGGAAGGGGUCCCUCGGCCGCGGGCUCCCCCCGAGCCACCCGACCCAGGAGCGCCCCGGCCACCUCCAGACCCGGGCCCGCUCCCGCCCCCGGGGGCCCAGGAGAAGCCGACCUUCGUGGUUCAAGUGAGCACCGAGCAGCUGCUGACGUCCCUGCGGGAGGACGUGACAAGGAACCUCCUGGCGGAGAAGGGGGCGGCAGCCCGGGAGACAGGACCCAGGAAGCCGGGGAGAGGCCCCGGGAACAGAGAGAAAGUCCCGGGCCAGAACAGGGAGCCGACGGUCCCGGGCAGCGGGAAGAAAGCCCCAAGCCUGAGCCUCCCCGUGAACGGGGCGACAGUGCUGGAGAACGGGGGGCAGACAGCCCUGGACAUGGCGGAGAAGGCAGCGGAGAAUGGGGGCCUGGGGUCCCCAGAGAGAGAAGAGAAAGUGCUGGAGAAUGGGGAGCUGACACCCCCAAGGAGGGAGGAGAAAGCGCUGGAGAAUGGGGGGCUGAGGUCCCCGGAGGCCGGGGAGAAGGUGCUGGUGAAUGGGGGGCUGACACCCCCAAAGAGCGAGGACAGGCUGGCAGAGAAUGGGGGCCUGAGACUCCCCAGGAACACGGAGAGGCCGGCAGAGACUGGGCCCUGGAGAGCCCCAGGGCCCUGGGAGAAGAUGCCCGAGAGUGGGGGUCCAGCCCCCACGAGCGGGCCGAGGAGGCCGGAGCCAGCGCCCCCGAGAGCCAGGCCGGAGGCGGCCUCCGAGGGAGGGCCCGGGGCCCCGGACAGCAGGGUCGGCGAAGACACGGCACCCAGCGGAGGCGGGGACCCCCCCAAGGUCGAGAGGAAGGGCCCCGAGAUGCCACGACUGUUCUUGGACUUGGGACCCCCUCAGGGGAACAGCGAGCAGAUCAAAGCCAAGCUCUCGCGGCUCUCCCUGGCGCUGCCUCCGCUCACGCUCACGCCGUUCCCGGGGCCGGGCCCGCGGCGGCCCCCGUGGGAGGGCGCGGACGCCGGGGCGGCUGGGACUCUGUUUCCCACUCCCCGGGGGCUGGAGCGGUCAGGGCCUUUUGUCGCCGCGGUCCACAGGGGUAGGGACCAGACAAAGGACUGGGGUGACCCCCACAAGAAGUGA